AUGGCGGAACUUGGGAAAGAUCAAACGUGCCCUUCUGAAGCUUCUAGCAUCUCCGCCGCGUCCGACGGCGGCGGCAGAGCGGCGGCGAUGAAGUUGGAGAUGGUAGUUUCCGAUGAAGUCGACGGCGGCGGCGAUCGGCAGUCGAACUCGCGGCUGUUGUUGGAUCUUAAGCUUUGUAAUGAAGAUUCCAGCGAUAAGUCGCCGAAGAUUUUGAACUCAAAGAGGGUGGGGCCGGCGGUGGUACCGUCGCCGGCGGUGACGGUGGGUUCUUCUUCUCACGGCCAUGCAAAUGAAUUAUCUUCAAAUUCUAAAUCUAGGGUUUUCUCAUGCAACUUUUGCAAGAGGGAAUUUUCGACCUCCCAAGCCCUAGGUGGCCAUCAAAACGCUCACAAGCCAGAACGUGCCUUGGCCAAGCGCCGCCAAGGCAUGGAACUCGCCGGCGGCAGCGUCGGUGGGGUCUUCGGUCCGCCGCACUUGACGUCGUACUAUCCCUACUCCACUCUGUCGACUCAUAACCUCUACGGAUCGUCAUUUGGAAAACCCCUCGGAGUCAGGAUGGAUUCAAUGAUUCACAAGUCCUCGUCUUACCGAUGGCUGGGGACGCCAGGGUUGCAAUUUCACAACGGUGUAGAUAUCAGUGGAUGGGGUUCUAGAGCGGCGACGGUGGUGGCGGCGAAUAAUCCAAUGCCGUCGUCGACAUUCGAGAGGCUGAAGAUGGAGGGAAUUCAAGGUAAUAAGGGUGGAUUUCGAUUGUCGACAGCAAUGAAUAAUGGUGUGGGAUCAUCAAGGAACUUGAAUCUUUCAGAGGCAGUGUUGAAAACCGAUCACCAUGUGGAGAAUGGGCAUGAACAACUUGAUUUGUCUCUUAAGCUUUAG